AUGAGGACGUUGAAGCUGUUGGAGGAUAAAAUUGUUCUGUGGAAUAUUCAAGCUUUGCGUGGACAAGAACGCGCGUCUCUAAACGAUAAGCAACUGGUUAAAGCCUACGUCGAUAUACUAGAUACUUACAACAUCAAUAGCAAAACUUUUCAGAUAUUCGAUAAAGCAACAGUUAUAACAUUAUCGGUAUGUUUCUGGUUUGGCAAAGAUUUGGUUUCGCAAACAAUAGUGACGCGACAAUGUGAAAAAUUAUACCUGGCCUUUCAAACUGUGCACGACAGCUGCACACACAUUUUAUGUUCCAAUUGUUCAGAAGACGAAAGAAAGCUCUACAAGAACGUGCUGCGCCUGCACCGCGCGUCAUUUAGCAAGAUCCGUGUGUGCAGCCUGUUCUACGUGGACGCCGCGCUGCAGCUGAGUCUCAUGAGCCAACUCACUAACUAUAUAGUGGUGUUGCUACAGUUUGCUAUACUGUAG